AUGGGGGUGGCAGGAGCCGGCGGCCCGGAGGCGGCGGGGAAGGGCGCGGGGGACUGCCUGGUGUGCGGGGACAAGGCGAGCGGGAAGCACUACGGGCAGCUCAGCUGCGAGGGCUGCAAGAGCUUCUUCAAGCGCUCGGUGCGGCGCAACCUCUCGUACAGCUGCCGCGGCGGCCGCGACUGCCCGGUGCGGCAGCCCCACCGCAACCAGUGCCAGUACUGCCGGCUCCGCAAGUGCCUCCGCGUCGGGAUGCGGCGGGAAGCCGUGCAGCGAGGCCGCAUGGCUCACGCCCCGAGCAGCCCCGGCCAAUACCCCAUGGUCCCCGGGGACCCCUACGGCGGCCACGGCUACUUAAGCGGCUUCAUCUCAUUGCUGCUCCGCGCCGAACCGUACCCGCCGGCUCGCUACGGCGCCCAGUGCCUGCAACCCAGCGGCGUGGUGGGCAUCGAGAGCAUCUGCGAGCUGGCCGCUCGCCUCCUCUUCAGCGCCAUCGAAUGGGCCAAGGGCAUCCCCUUCUUCCCGGACUUGCAGCUUUCCGACCAAGUGGCUCUGCUCCGCUUGGGCUGGAGCGAGCUCUUCGUGCUGAACGCGGCGCAGUCGGCGCUGCCGUUGCACGCCGCUCUGCUGGCCGCCGCCGGGCUCCACGCCGCCCCCAUGGCCGCCGACCGCGUGGUGGCCUUCAUGGACCACAUCCGCCUCUUCCAGGAGCAGGUGGAGAAGCUGAAGGCGCUGCACGUCGACGCCGCCGAGUACGCCUGCCUCAAGGCCGUGGCUCUCUUCUCCCCCGACGCGGUGGGGCUGUCGGACCCGGGGCAGGUGGCCGGCCUGCAGGAGAAGUCGCAGUGCGCGCUGGAGGAGCACGUGCGGCGGCAGCACCCCAGCCAGCCCAGCCGCUUCGGGCGCCUGCUCCUGCGCCUGCCCGCCCUGCGCAGCGUCUCCGCCCCCGGCAUCCAGCAGCUCUUCUUCAGCCGCCUGGUCGGCAAGACCCCCAUCGAGACCCUCAUCCGCGACAUGCUGCUCGCCGGCGCCACCCUCAACUGGCCCUACGGCCCCAUGCAGUGA